GAAGUACCCCACUAUCCGCUCAGAGGAGGAGAGGGACCAGUACAAGGCUGUGUUCAACGACCAGUACGCCGAGUACAAGGAGCUGCAUGCUGAGGUGCAGGCCAUGGCCAGGAGGUUUGGAGAGAUGGACGAGAUGAUGCACAAUCUCCCCUCCAGGCCUUCCAGCCAAAUGGAGAAGGAGCGGAUCAGUAACAUUGUAAUGGAGUAUCAGAAAAAGAAAGCUGAUCCAACAUAUUUGGAAAAAAGAGAGAGGUGUGAGUACUUGAAGAAAAAGCUCUCUCAUAUCAAACAAAAGAUUCAGGAGUAUAACAAGGUCAUGGACUGGAGCGAUAGCAACUAAACACUGAAGUCAUGAAGACAACGUGCUCUGUUGCACACAAAACUGAGGGGACUGAGGUGGGAACGGUGUCUGGACAUGGUGAAAAAGCCCUCAUUGUGCCCACACCUUCUUAUCCAUGAGCCAUUAUCACAUUAGAACAGGUGGACCUGCAGUCAAUGUCUUUUAGAAAGAGUUGUGUACUGCAAUGAAAAGCCUCACAAAAAGUGACACAUUCAGUAUUCAGAGAGCUGUGAUGGACCAGGUGUAACCUAAAGUAUAUACCUGAUGUCCAUUAUAUUUACCUACACACAGCAACCCAGUUGCAGAUCACGUUUUUUAAUGAAGAUUCAUGGAAUUAUGCUUUGUUGUGCCAUUUUGAUAUCACUUAAUUGCUGUGUCUCCAGAACACAUCAAAGAGUGGAAGCAGGGGAAUCAGCUAUAGCCUCUUUAAAGAAAACCACCAAAGCCUCUUUCUUAAUGUUGUUAAUGUUGAUAUACACAGUUCACUGUUUGGGCCAUACUCAAGAAUUAAAUUGCUAAGUAUAAAAUGGGACGAAUGUAAUCUGUUAAAUGACUGGUUGGCGGAGGAAUACAAUCGCAAGCUGGUGAUCAUAGCCAAAUGUGCAAAGAAUUAUAGGAUCUUCUUAUCCAAGUGUGGGUAAAAUGAAAAUCAAGCACGUUUUGGGAUCUUACAAUGGCAUAGACACUCUGUAGAUAAAUCUCAUGGGGAAGUUGAUUGUUAAUGCUGACUCAAUGAUUGUAUAAAUCGUAGCAUCAGCUGUUUAUUUUUUUCAACUGAUUAGUUUUGAUCACAUAGGAUAGGAUUCUUUAUGAACUACAUGUGUGACACUGCAGAGGGUUAAGCUGCUUGCCAUUAUGGUCUGUGUAUUCUGUUACUGCUUUUAUAUUGCAUUAAUUCUGUCCAUUAUUCUUCUCUCAAACUGUUAGGCCCAAUGUAAACUUUGACUAAAAACUUGAAUGUAUGAAUGGUCUCUCUACUCUGUACAGUAACUGUUACUGAAAUCACCAUUUUGAACAUAACAGAUGUAUUUUUUUAUUGUUUUAAUCAUAACUUGGUAAACUUUUUGUACAUUUAUAUGUUCGAUUGAUAUGCAUAUGUAAUUGUUUUGUACCAUAUUGUAAGUCCUACUGCUUUAUACCAAUGAAGUACCUUUAAACAGUGUGUAUAUCUUUUUUUAUUUUUUCAGUGCAAACUUCUGCAAAAUCUGCCA